UUAAAAUAACCAUGAAGAAAAAUAUUAUCAAUACACAGCAUUCUUUCAUAAACAUUCCCAAUGUGAUUGUCCCAGAUAUGGAAAAGAAAAUAAGAAGGAUGGAAAAUGGAGCAUGCAGCUCCUUUUCUGACGACAAUGACAGUGCCUCUAUAUUUGAAGACUCCGAGAGUGAAAACCCCUGUGCAGGGGAUUCCUUCAGAAAUAGUUCACGCAGGAAGGGAGGACCAUCACAGAGGGAACAGCACCUGCCUGGUGUCAUCGCACUUUUCAAUGUUAACAACAGCAGCAAUAAGGAGCAAAAGCCAAAAGAAAAAAAGAAAAAGAAAAAAGAAAAGAAGAGCAAGCCAGCUGAUAAAAGUGAAAAUAAAAAGGACCCAGAGAAGAAAAAGAAAAAAGAAAAAGACAAAGAGAAGAAAAAGAAAGAGGAAAAGAAAGACAAAGAUAAGAAAGAAGAGAAGAAGAAAGAAGUCAUGGUGAUUGAUCCCUCGGGAAACACAUACUACAAUUGGCUGUUCUGCAUCACCUUACCCGUCAUGUACAACUGGACUCUGAUUAUUGCAAGAGCAUGUUUUGAUGAGCUCCAGUCUGAUUACCUAGCAUAUUGGCUCGUUUUUGAUUACUUGUCAGAUGUAGUCUAUCUUCUUGAUAUGUUCGUACGAACCAGGACAGGUUACCUAGAGCAAGGACUGCUGGUGAAGGAAGAGCUUAAACUCAUAGAGAAAUAUAAAUCAAACUUACAAUUUAAACUUGAUGUUCUAUCCGUGGUACCAACCGAUCUGCUAUAUUUUAAGCUGGGGUGGAACUAUCCGGAAAUUAGAUUAAACAGACUCUUAAGGAUCUCUCGAAUGUUUGAGUUCUUCCAAAGAACAGAAACAAGAACUAACUACCCCAACAUCUUCAGGAUCUCUAACCUUGUUAUGUACAUCGUCAUCAUUAUCCACUGGAACGCAUGUGUGUACUACUCCAUUUCCAAAGCGAUUGGAUUUGGAAAUGAUACGUGGGUCUAUCCUGAUGUCAAUGACCCUGAAUUUGGCCGUUUGGCUAGAAAGUAUGUCUAUAGCCUUUACUGGUCUACGCUGACUUUGACCACCAUUGGUGAAACACCGCCUCCUGUGAGGGAUUCUGAGUAUGUCUUCGUGGUGGUUGACUUCUUAAUUGGAGUAUUAAUUUUUGCUACCAUCGUUGGUAACAUAGGGUCUAUGAUUUCCAACAUGAAUGCAGCCAGAGCAGAAUUUCAAGCAAGAAUUGAUGCCAUCAAGCAAUACAUGCAUUUUCGAAAUGUAAGCAAAGAUAUGGAAAAGAGAGUUAUUAAAUGGUUCGACUAUCUGUGGACCAACAAAAAGACGGUGGAUGAGAGGGAAGUUUUGAAGUAUCUACCGGACAAACUAAGAGCGGAGAUUGCCAUCAGCGUCCACUUAGACACGUUAAAAAAGGUGCGCAUUUUUGCCGACUGUGAGGCUGGUCUAUUGGUGGAGCUGGUCUUGAAAUUACAACCCCAAGUCUACAGCCCUGGAGAUUACAUUUGCAAGAAAGGCGACAUCGGACGAGAGAUGUACAUCAUCAAGGAAGGCAAGCUCGCUGUGGUGGCAGAUGAUGGAAUCACUCAGUUUGUGGUGUUGAGUGACGGCAGCUACUUUGGCGAGAUCAGCAUCCUUAACAUCAAAGGCAGCAAAGCUGGCAACCGAAGGACAGCCAAUAUUAAAAGCAUUGGCUACUCAGAUCUGUUCUGUCUCUCAAAAGACGACCUCAUGGAAGCUCUGACUGAGUACCCAGAUGCUAAAGGUAUGCUAGAAGAGAAGGGGAGGCAAAUCUUGAUGAAAGAUGGUCUGCUGGAUGUCAACAUCGCGAAUGCUGGACACGACCCCAAAGAUCUUGAAGAGAAGGUCACCCGGAUGGAAGGGUCAGUAGACCUCAUGCAAACAAGGUUUGCUCGGAUCCUGGCCGAGUAUGAGUCCAUGCAGCAGAAACUGAAGCAGAGGCUAACCAAGGUGGAGAAAUUUCUGAAACCACUUAUUGAAACAGAGUUUUCAGCCAUUGAAGGACCUGGUGCUGAAAUUGGGCCCACACAGGACUGAAGAGCUAGCUAUUAGCAAGGACACAGCCCAUGAUCCUUUCGGUUCUGUGACUCAGUGAUGAUUAAGUUGGAAGAAGAGAAAGGUACAGCUGGGGGAUUUUCCAUGAGGAAAAUGUGCUUUUGGUGCAGAACACAAGGCCAACACACUAGCAUGUAAGGUACUAUGGUUAAAGAAUCAUCGUAUCUUGGGAUUUUCCGCAAUGGACAAUGUACGAAGGUUUAACUGAUUAACUUAUCGGUAUCUACAUCUUCUGAUUUCCCCCCACGUUUGCUCCCUUCGUGUAACAAUAUUUAUAAAAGGUAACAAGUGUCCCUCACUUUCAGGCAAUUUACAUGGUUGAGGAGGAACUGGGAAGUACCAUGUGCAUCAUGUUCAGAAUACUGUUUAAAAAGAAUUAGGAUGCAAUAAAGAAAAAUAAAUUUUCAAAAGAUAGUGACCAUUAUUUAUUUAAUUAUUUAGUAGGGAGUUUUGGAUCUUGUAGAGCUUCAAGGUCAUUUUAAGGAUAUUAAUCAUCAUAGAUAGGCUUAGAAAGACUGGUUGAGAGAAAUUUCUUACUGAUAAAAGAAUUAGAAAUCAGACUUUACUGUACAAAUAUAUGCAUAUAUAUUAUAUAUAUAUAAAUAGGACCUUAAAAUAAAAACAUUUUGUAGGAUUUUUAAAUAAUAAAUUAAAAAAAAAUUUUUUUUAUUAUUAAGGCCUGACAGCAGUGGCUACUAUCUUCCUCUGGUCACCAGAAAAGAGAUAAAGAUAAUAAUAUUGCUGGGUGAUUAACAAAGGAAGUUGUAAUGUUUGACAAGAAAACUGGGAGUUCAAUGGAUCUGCAUGGGCAUCACCUGGGAGCUUUUUAAAAUCUCAGAAUCUCAGGCCUACCCAUUGUGUCCGAAUCUGCAUUUCAGCAAGACUGUUAGGUGACGCAUUAAAGCUUGAGAAGCACCUACCUAGAGCACCAGGAAGAAAUAAAUGGGAGGAUGGUUCUAGAAAAGAAAAGGACAAGUAUGACAAGUAUGUGGCCAUAGAAGACAUUGCUAAUCAAUCACACAGCUCUUACUGCUGAGCCCAGCCAUGUUUCAAAAUAUUCUUCCUAAUACAGAUUACAGAAAUUGAUAAAAGAUUUCUAUCCCCACCUAAAACAACAUGAUUUAAUGCAGCUCCUUGUUAAUUUGACAUAUCGGAUAUGUAUAUGGACUCCAGUCAGUGUAGCUCAAUAAUAGAAUUUAUUCUUCUCUACCCAUUGUACUAUACACAGUAUGUCUUUGCAGUCUUAAGUUUCCCUUCUACAUUUUGCCUGUCUCUUCAGUAACAGCUGGCAGGGAUUUCUUCGCUGUAGAAGUGGCUAUUCCUGGAGUGGGAGGGCCAUAGAUAAUAAGUAACAUGGCUUCUGCCUGAGACAGGUGCUCCUUUUCUUCUCUUUUCUUUCUGAUUCUUAUCAUUCCUUUGCUUCAGCUGCAUUGCAUUCUUUUCUUUGUGCUCUUUCUUGCCUGUCAUACAAACCUGUAAGACCGUAAAGAAGUUUGCUGGCUUCUCAUGUCAGGCAGAUGUGGUAAGUCAGGAAUGAGUGAGGGUUACAUAUCUCGAGAAGCAACCCCACUCACAGCUUCCAGGAGUGGGCACUUUGAGUCUGAUUUGGGCUGGAGACAUAUCCUACGGUUCUGACUUGAUGACCUUUGACCCUAUGCUCUAUGAGUCUUGCUUUGCUCGAAUUGGAUGGUGGCAGAUUCUUGGUUUAAAGACUUGGAGUAAGUAGGGUUUAGCCAACUCUUUUCUCACAACUUGCCCAAGUAGAGACUUCGACAGAUGGUGGUGGGGGCUCCAGUUUAGAUACCUGGAGGGCAAUUCAGAUGUGCACACCUGGGUUUCAGCUUCAUUAGGGAAUAUUGUAAAAGGACAGAAAACAUGUGGCUUUGGGGAGACCCACAGUGAAGUGCUGACCUAGGUACACGU